UGCCAUAUUAUCUAGCUCACAGGGAAACAAGUAAUUUCCAAACUUUGCCAGCAAGCCUACAGCAUCGCGAUAAAAGCAUGUCAUGACAUCUGUGGAUUUCAGCCAGAAACGGAUUUGAAUUGUUGCAAAACUUGGCAAGAAGGGAAUUAUUUCAAUGAUUGUAGAACCCUUGAAAUCUGAUGAGUGGAUGGCAUCUAAAGGUUCUCUCAUUCUUUAGAAUUCAGAAUGUUCUAGUACAGCCUUAUUAGCUUGAACAUUUUCUAAACGUUCCCUUCAACUAAAUCAUUGAAUCGAGCCAAAGCUACUUGUGACACAAGAAUUGACACCAGGACAUUUUUAUUUGGUCUUUAUCUAUCACUAUUGGAUUAUUUAUUUGUCUUCCAAGAUGGAUCUUCAUCUAGUUGUAUCGUUUCUUGUCCUUGUAUUCAUUGUGGAUUUUCAUUCAUGGAAGGUGUCGGGCUGUCAGUGCUCUCAUACGCCUCACCCACAGCAGUACAUGUGCGAUGCAGACUAUGUUAUCAGAGGGAAAGUAAUAGCAGAGGCAUUUGUACCGAACGGUGGCGUCAAAUCCUCCAAGGCACCUGUCCCUACGCUACCCCCACCAACCACCACAAAGAGGCCACCAUUCAAGUUCCCUGACUUCAGAGAGCGCCAGUGGUGGGAGCCAGUCCUCCGUCGGCCACACCCAAGGAAUCCUCCCCCAAGGCAACCUGAGUGGAGGAAUCCCUUCUUGGGCUUCCAGAACCCCCCUCCAAUGGUCCUUGCUGAUGAAGCCCCGCCUCCAGAACCCCAGCACCUUGAGGAACCUGAGCUACCUCUCAUGGUAGCUGACCAGCCAAGCCAAGCCUAUCAUCAUGGGGCAUACAAGGAGACAUUCCCAUGGCAAUACAGGAGGAGAUACACGUUGAAGGUGGACAAGGUUUACAAGGGAGAGGAGAUGAUUUCAGUCAAGUCAACAGUCAAUGUCUUUACGGAACCAGAAGAAAGCAUGUGUGGAAAACAACUCAAAAUGGAUACAAGAUACCUUAUUGCUGGUUAUAUUGUAGAUGGGGAAAUCUUCAUAGGCCUGUGUGACUGGGUAGUUGAGAAGUCUAAGCUCACCAAGGAUCAGAGGAGAGGACUCAGGCAUACCUACAAGAAAUAUUGCGAUGUCUGCAGAAUAAAAUCUGGAACUCUGUACUGGCCUCCUGAAGCCAAGGAGAAGGAUGUCUGCCCUUAUAACCCAUACCUUUCAGGAAACACAGAUUGCGAAGGAAAAUAUUCCAGUUGUAUCAGGUCUUCAGACGGUACCUGCAACUGGAUGGAGACGAGACAGCUCAAACACUGUAAGAGGAAAAUAGAGAGUUCAGUAUUCUUAUAACUCUACAAAGAGCAGUACCUGACUCUAAAGAGGCUUCCAGAACUGACCUUAAAGAUUGCUUUAGCAAUGUGGAAGGAGUAUGGGGUGCACUGCUAGAGACAUGGGCAAGUGGAGAGCAGAUGAACUGUCCAAACUGUGCAGUUUCCCAUUGUUCUCUCUUGGAGCAGUCGCCACAAUGAAAGAAUUGCUUGGAGAAACUUCCUAGAGCUCUGCAAUGGAACAUUUUGUGCAGAAGCUCUGGAUUCCUUCCAUCUGAAGAGUCUAAGUUCACUCACUCUCUCUAUGAUGCAGCCUUUGACUACAACGAGAGCUGCAUAUGGAGGAUUUGUCUUGUGGCAGUUGUCUUGAUGUUAGUCCAUGGCUUACAGGAUGUCGGACGUACAUCCCUUGAUAGAACCUUCUACAACCUAUAGAUGUGAGCUGUUUGGUGGAACACUUUGGAGGACUGUCCCUCAUGUGUUCACUCUAUUAAUAUCAAAGGAUACUGGUGUGGUCAGCUUAAGAAACACAGGUUUUAAUGUGGACAUGGGUCAAGUAUUGGUAUUCACAUAAACUUCACAACUGUGUUUACAGUCUGGUCCAGUAAUCAAGGAAAUUUGAAGUUCUUCACAAAAAAAAAGUUCUGUGCCUGAAACAGACAUUGAGAUAUAUUCAUUCAAAAGCUUGUAGUUACUGCUUUGAAACUAUGAGCGAGAUAUUCCGUGAUUUGAAGCUGGACUUAGACGGGUGAUUUGGGAUCAUGUGCCCAAGAAAAAAUAUAAGAUGUACUAUUUAAGCUAUAAAUCAUGUAUGUUUUAAGCUACUAAUGGUGGUGAUGGCCAAGAUAGAAAGUUGAAAAAAUAGAGAUCUCAGAAGUCUCAGGAAAACCUGACUUGCAUAUUGAAGUUGAUGACAUCUAAAACUUUGAUAAUUUUUGUUAUACCGCAGUAUUAUAAUGCAAGUACAUCUUGAGAUUUAAAAAAAAAAGAGGUUUAUCAUACAAAUAGAAAUGAAAUUUGAUAAAUACUUCCAACUGUGUAUGCAAUUUUGAAAUAUGAAUUAUUCAAAGUAUUAUAUCAAAUUAUGUAUGAUCAAUAGAUUAUUUAUUAUUGAACAAGGUUUAAAUGAUGGGUUGUGUUACUCUCCCCUCCUACCUAUAUAUAUGUAUAUUUAUAUAUAUAUAUACAUAUACUAUUCUUAAAUGUUAUGUAGUUUGUUGAUGUGUUAAAUGUUCAUUUAGGAUUCAUUAUUAUGGAACUGUUAUGAAGACACCCAUGCUUCAAAGGCUUGUCCAUGCAGACAUGCUGUAGUAAACUUUGGCCUUUUUUAUAAGGUGCAAAAUGUCCAACGUGCAUAUCCUGAGUUCUGUUAUAUAGGAUACAGAGAUGUACAACAUAUUAACAAUUAUUUAAAAGUCGCCGCAUUUGUUUCCACAGCAUAUCUCAAUAAGGCUUACAGGUUGUUUUUUAAAGUCAUUUUGUUUGUGGGAUCAUGGAAGGAGAAAAAAGCAGUACAUUUUUGGUAUACAUUCAGAUGUUGAGUUCAAUAUAGAAGUAAACUCUUCAUAUUUAAUGGCUAAAAAGCAUCACAACGGAUACCAAAGGAUAAAAAUGAAGAGAUAUGAAGACAUUGGUCGGGUGAGGUGUACUAUUCUAUGCAUAAGAUUCCAUUGUCUUUAAGUCUUGUACUUAGAAUUUUUGCACUAUAUCUUUGCCAUGAUUGAAGUGAUUUCAGCUCCUGAGCUGCUGAUGUCCAUGCCAAUUUAUGCCUGCAUGAAAGAUGUGAUUAGCUGGAAGAGAUAAGGUCAUCAUUGUCUCACAGGUGUCAUCUCUUAAGGUUCAAGAUGCAAGCCCAGCUAGGUCAGCUGCGGUCGCGAUGUAUCAUCGUGUCUGUCCACGGACUCGUUGUUCUUCUGAUGGUCCCUAUGUCCA